GCAAAUUCCGCUUUUCACGCAUUCAAAUAAACCCCAGGGAACCACUCGCUCUAUUUUAGUCUUGGGCUGUAUGCCUACUGAUCAAAUCCUUCUACGCGUAAAAUCCCCGCCCUUGUUCCUUAACAUACUAGUGCACUGUUCACCAUGACGGAGGAAGACAAGAAUACGAUCAACAGACUCUCUGCAGAGCCGGCCAGCCCGAAACCAGAGUCGCCGACCACGGCGCGUCCUCUAGACUUCGAUGAUGAAGCCCAAGAGACCGGCGUCCCCUCGACUUUCCCCUCAGCGACCCCGAUUCAGCCGCGCGCUGCGGAAGCUGCCCCGCCAAAGCCACCCCGCCCCGUGAGUCCCCGACAGCAGGCGGAGAACACCCUCAAAGAAGCGUUCCCCUCGAUCGAUAUUGGAGUAAUCAGGGCAGUGCUAGUCGCAAGCAACUGGGAUGUGGAACGGGCCUUCCAUGCUCUACUGGGCAUGACCGAUCCUAAUGCUGCUGAACAAGACGUCCCUCCACCCAAACCUCCCCGUCCCUCAGCCGCACAGAGACAGCUCGAGCAAGAUGAAAUGUACGCCCGGCAGCUCGCCGAACACUACAACCGCCGCGCGGCACCGCAGCCUCAGUAUGAGGACGAUCGCGCGUACCAGCGGCAAAGGAGGAGUGAGGAGUCGGAAGAAAAGGAAUACAGCUUCUUCGAUGACGACUUGCCCAUCAUCCGCGAAAACAUCCGCAAGGGCUUCCUGGAAACUCAAUCAAAGGUGAACUCAUGGGUGACGAAUCUGAAGAAGAAGCUAGACGGAGAAGAGUCGGAGGACGAUGGCCAAGCGGCUCACAACCAGCGCGAAGAUCCCUUCGGCCGUCCGCGUCGGAGCGGCGACAAGGGCCGCCGUAGCGGAGACCGCGAGCGGUACGACGCUGACCACCGCGUCUUGAGCGACGACUUCUCGGCUCUCGAACUGAGGGAUUCAGAAGCUCCCCCAGCGCGCCCUCCCCGUCCCCUAGCCAAUCCCAACCUGUACAAGACCUCUUCGCCCUCGCCCGACCGACGCAAGGUAGCCUUCCAGGAUGGGCCACCCACGGAGAUUGACAAUCUAUAUGAUGCUUCCGAACCGGUCCGCCGCGCCUCGCCCGCGACCGGCAAGUCCAGCAAAUGGCAACCCUUGUCCACCGUGGAACCCUCCCCUGUCGGUGAACACGAUCCGUUCAGUUUGGGGGAUAGUGAAGAUGAGAAGGAUACCCCCGCCAAGGCGAAAGAGACUACCACGGAGGGUUCUUCCAAGGUUGCGACUGUCGAGACAGUACCGGAAGGGGAGUCUAAGGAUAGCACAACAGGUGCUGGAAAGUCAUAAGAGUCAGAUCUUAGGGUUAUGCAUCAUAUUCUGACUUAGUCCCGCGUCACAAGGGUUGUGAUGUUGAUAUGUCCUACAUCAAAUCGUGUCUUUGUCCUUGUGGCUAGAAGCAAUGAUACCAGGCUGAAUCGAUUCUCUGUUCAAUUCUUAUGUUCCCAGCCCAUGGCAAGCAAAUCCAACUCACUCUCGGAGUAACCAAAUACAUCACCAUCAAGACUUGGAAUACGACGGCCAGGCCAG